CUAAAGUUGAAUGCAAACUUCCAAAAGUCAAAAAAUGAAUUAAGACCACAAAUUCCAAGAUUUGGAAAUUUGGAUUCACUUGCCAUGUUGGUUGAAAUUAAAGUGCUCCUUCAGAAAUGCUUUUAGCUUUAAGCAUGCAUGCCUUGAAGAAAAGAUUGAUAAAGGAGAAAGACUAUCUCUAUUCCACUUUCGCUUUCUGAUUUUGGAGUAAAAGGAACAGAUUUUUGUUAAUCCUAUAACAUACUUUACUUACAUUACUUGCAGUGAUGCAUGAAAUCUUGGAAGUGUUGUACAAAAAUCAAAAGUAUCGUAUCUUUGGAAUUGUAGCAUGCAUGGUUUUCUUUUCUCUUUUAGAAUUCAAUGAUUCCAUUUAUCAAAAAGUAUUCAUUCUCUUUUUCUGUGGCUUCUCCCAUUAUAUAAACCAUCUUCCUCGUCAUCACUUAUUCACUCAUCACCACCUUCUUCUUCAGCUUCUGCUUCUCUGAUUUGUUCAAGCUUUGCAUCAUCUUCAGUGCAGAGAAGAAAUGAUGAGAGUGGGAGACUGGAAGUGCAGGUCAUGCCAGCACCUGAACUUUCAGAGGAGAGAGUGUUGCCAACGUUGUGGGGAUUGUAAAGGUGGAGAGGGGAAUGGUUAUGGUGGUUUUGGCACUGAGUCAGAUGUUCGACCAGGUGACUGGUACUGUGAUGCAUCUAACUGUGCUUCACAUAACUUUGCUACCCGUUCAACCUGCUUCCAGUGUGGUGCUUCCAGGAACCACUCAGCUGCUGCUCACACUUCAUCUUCAAAACCCUCUUGGAAACCUGGAUGGAAGCAUGGUGAUUGGAUAUGUAACAGAUCUGGAUGCAAUGAACAUAACUUCGCUAGCAGAAUGGAAUGUUUUAAAUGCUGUGCUCCAAGAGACUUGCAUUAGAAAUAAGAUUAUCCAGUUUUGGGUAUAUUCACCAUUCAUAUAUUAGCAUUACAACUUGUUUUACAAGGAUUUAAGAAUUUAAUAAUUAAUUUACUUCAUGAUAUUAAAUUAGUAAUUAAUUGAUAUAUAUGUUCUUUAAAUUAUUGAAAAAGCUAACAAGAAUCCAUUCUCAUGAUUUUCCUUUUAGA